UCCUUAAGAGCAAAAGCUGCAAUCUGUGUGCAGAAAGCUUUUCGUUGCUCGGCGACUAUAAAAGAAAGUUGCACCCAAGGCUGCGCUUUAGUCGUCUGGCUGAUUUGCCAAGCCGCAAUUGGCAAACGCAAAAGUACAACACUGUCUUCAAUUUUAAGCGGGUAACAUUUAUCGGUUAUCGGUUAACAUUUAACGGCCAAUGCAACAGAACCGGCUAAGCCGGUGGCAAAUCGUGAAUUACGUAAGAGUUGCAACGAAAGUGAAAGCAAACAGUAACAGCAUCGCAUGUUGCAUCAUUUGGUUGCAACAACAAGCCAAUAAACAAAAUGUUUUACGCUGUCAUCUUCUUUUCAACAAUUGUGCUGCUCUUCCUAAUCAGCGGCACAAGGAAACCAGAUAAAUUUCCACCAGGUCCACGUUGGUAUCCCAUUGUGGGUAGUGCACUGCAAAUCUCUCACCUGCGCAUGCAAUUGGGCAUGUUCUGCAAGGUGAUCGAUGAGCUGGCCAGGCGCUAUGUGAAUCCCUACGGAUACUAUGGACUGAAGAUUGGCAAGGACAAGGUGGUGAUAGCGUAUACCAAUGAAGCAAUCAGUGAGAUGAUGACAAAUGAGGACAUUGAUGGACGCCCCGAUGGCAUCUUCUAUCGGCUGCGCACAUUUAAUUCCCGUCUGGGUGUUCUCCUCACCGAUGGAGAUAUGUGGGUGGAGCAGCGACGUUUCAUCCUGAGGCACUUGAAGAACUUUGGCUUUGCACGCAGCGGCAUGGUGGACAUUGUGCACAAUGAAGCCAGCUGUCUUCUACAGGACUUGAAGGCCAAGGUCAUGGCAGCAGGUGGGGAGGAGGCCAGGAUCGAGAUGCAUGAUCUGACUAGUGUCUAUGUGUUGAACACCUUGUGGCGCAUGCUGAGUGGAAGACGGUAUGAGCCCGGCUCAGCGGAGAUAACGGAGCUGUUGGAAACUUUCUUUGAGCUGUUUAAGAACAUCGACAUGGUGGGGGCGCUCUUCAGUCACUUCCCUCUGCUCCGCUUUAUUGCGCCUGAUUUUUCUGGUUACAAUGGGUUUGUGGAGAGUCACAGGGCUUUAUACUCGUUUAUGAGCAAGGAGAUUGAGUUGCAUAGAAAGACAUAUCGCAAUUAUGAUGAGCCGCGCGACCUGAUGGACAGCUAUUUGCGCGCCCAGGAGAAGGAUAAGAAGAAUCCCAUGUUCAGCGAUGAGAGUUUAUUGGCCAUAUGCUUGGACAUGUUUUUAGCCGGUUCGGAGACGACCAACAAAAGCUUAGGCUUUUGCUUUAUGCAUCUGAUUAGACAGCCAGAGAUACAGGAACGAGCUUUUGCUGAGAUUAAGGAUGUGGUGGGGUUGGAGCGCAUACCGGAAUGGUCGGAUCGGAGCAAGAUGCCUUACUGUGAGGCCAUUACAUUGGAGGCGGUGCGCAUGUUUAUGCUGCACACCUUCGGUAUUCCUCAUCGUGCUUUGUGCGAUACGCGCCUAUCCGGCUAUGAGAUACCCAAGGAUACGAUGGUAAUUGCCUGUUUCCGUGGCAUGCUUAUCAAUAGUUUUGAUUUUCCUGAACCGGAAGUAUUCGAUCCGGAAAGAUAUCUCGUUGGUGGACAAGUCAAACUGCCAGAGGCAUUUAAUCCAUUCGGCUUUGGACGACAUCGUUGCAUGGGCGACUUACUGGGUCGACAGAAUUUGUUUAUGUUCACCACAACGCUGUUGCAGCACUUUAAAUUGGUUGCCAUUCCUGGCCAGAUGCCCGAAGAGGUGCCGCUCGAGGGUGCCACGGCAGCAGUAAAGCCAUACGAUGCCAUGCUGGUGGCCAGAUCAUGAGCAGCUUUUAAGGAAAUGCAAUUUUUGUUUAAAAUAACAAUAGCAAUAACGGCUAUGGUUUUGCAAUGAGCAACGGUCGAUAUAUAUCAUAGUCUACCAUUUUAUACGCUUUAUACACCACACUUGAUCAAAUGUUAUCGAAUUGCGGGCAACAUUAUCGAUAUUGAAUUAAUUAGAUUAUUCUUGGUACGCACACGCUUACAUAUAUUAUAUAUGCAUUGAGCUGAAGUAAA